AUGUUCAAAACUAAAGUGAUUGGAAAUCAAUGUUCAACAUUUUAUAAAAUCGGAAGUCAACAACAAUGCAUUAAUAACAAUAGUAUUAAUAGGAAAUUUACAACAAGCUUUAAAACUUUGGACCAUUCUUAUAAUUUGACCAAACUCUUCCCAAUUUAUAAUCCUAAUAAUUUUAAUAAUACAACAAAAAGCACCACAACACCUGCUACUAGUAAUAGUACAAAUACACCAAUUCAACAAACGAUAGGAAGUGGCUCUGGAGAAAAAAUUGUAUUUAAUCAAUUUCAAAAACAAAAGAAUAGUACACCUAAAAAGUUGAAUAAGAGUUUAUCAAAAUUCAAUUCAUUGAGUAUUAUUACAAAACAUACAGUCACAUUUAAUGAAGUUAAAGAUGGAAAGGAUGAUUCUAAACUUGUACCUCAAAUAAGUGCAGGUACACCUAUUUUACGUAUUAACCAUGAUCCAAUAUCAGAUGUUAUUGAUCUGAACAAAUUGGGAAGUAGUAUGAAUACUAUCAAGGCAUCAAACAAAAUUCAACAUUAUAGACUUCAUGCAAUAAUUUAUAAUUGGCAUAAUGUUAUCGAAUGCUUAAAUUUUGAAUCUAAAUUACAAAAUACUUUCACUUUGAAACAAUUAAUGAACAAACUUGCGAACGUUCUUUCCAAUCCAAACAGUGAUUUUUAUCUUGGAAAAGAAUCAAAAGAGACCAAUACUAUUUUAAAUGAAGGUAAAACUCUGCAUUUUGCAUUCCUGUCUAGAGAGAUUAUUGAAUGUAUUUCUUCAAUCAACAAUCCUUUGUAUAGAGAAAUGAUUUCAAAUUUUUCGACUGAUUCUGAUAUUAUCAAGUCCACAAACUAUGAUAUUGUCUACAAGUUAGAUGAUGAAUUGUUGAAGAAACAUGACAUAAAAAUCUAA